AUGGAAUUGAGUAAAUCAUCUCGUUCAACUCGAGAUUUAUAUUCAUCAUUAUUAGUUAAUCGAUUGUGGUGCAAAGUUACUAUACCUAUACUUUGGAAAUUACCUUUGGGUCAAAAAUAUAAUUGGAGGAAUGAUAAGAAGUUGAAGAAGAAUGCAUUAUGUAUUCGAACUUAUAUAUCAUGUAUGGAUACGCAAGCUAGAACUUUUACUUAUUCAAAAUGGAAUUUAGAAAGUUUUACUUCGACAAUAGGAAAUGAUUAUAUUUGUUCAUUAUAUGAAUCAAUGAGAUUAAUUUGUGAUAAUAUUUUAAAUAUGGAUUUGACUUUGAAUUCAUAUUCUCAAGUUAAAUUAUUAAUAAAACUUAUCAGUUUCCAAAAACGUUUAGAAAAUCUAUCAAUUGUUGUUAAUGCUUAUCUAGAUUUAGAUUGCAAUUCAUUAUUUCGAGCUAUUAUCAGUCAAAAAGAAACAUUAAAUAGUCUUCGUUUAAAAUCAGUAAAUUUAAAUCGUGUUGAGGAGAAUUCAUCAUCAAUUGGUAAAUUUUUUUCACUUCAAGAACUUUCUAUCGUAGGUUGUUCAGGAUUUCAUAAAUCAGUUUGUUUAUCCUUGGCUUCAUCAUUUACUCAAUUAAGUAGUUUUCAUUAUUCCUAUUCGAGACAUGUAACUCAAAAGUAUUCUCAAGAAUUUAUUAUUACUGAACUAUCUUUAAAUAAAUUAAGUUCCGGACAAGUAAUAAAAAUAUUUAAUAAUAAUUUUAAUGAAUUAAGAAGAUUUUCAUUUGAUUGUAGAAGAGAAAUAUUUGAUGCUAAUGAAUUAUUAUGUCAAAUGGCUGAGAAUGUACCAGAAUCACUUGAAACUAUUGAAAUUGGAAUGGUUUUUUCAUGGAUAUUUAGUACUAAUAGUUUAAGAAAAUUUUUUGAAGGGGGUGUUGUAAAGGAGGAGGAGGAAAUAAAAAUGUUAUUUUAUUGUGGAAUAGUAGUAUCAAUUGAUAUAAAAAAGCAAGAAACAUUUUAUGGAAUAAGAAUAAUUGCUUGUUUCGUUGCUCUCAUAAUUUAUUCUUAA